AUGGACACGUCUACACUCCCAGCAGAUGGGCUGACGGAGAUGGGCCUCCGAACGAUUGUCAUCACUGUCGUUUUCAGCUUUCUAGCAACCGUUGCUGUCAUUGGUCGCUUCUGGGCUCGCUAUUUAAAUGCAAUCACGCCCUUGUUAGAGGACUGGCUCGUAGUUGGAGGACUAAUCGUAAAUUGGGGAUACGCGGCUGGAAACAUCGUUUUCGCAUACAACGGCCUCGGCGUGCACCCCCCCGACCUCGUCGCAGCCGGCAAAGCAAACCAGCUCCAAAACCAACUCAAGCUCCUCAUCGCCAACCAAGUCACCUACGCCAUCGCGCUCGGCCUGGUAAAGACCUCCAUCCUGCUUUCCCUGAAACGCAUCUUCAACGUCUUCAGGGCCUUCCGGAUCAUCGCAAACUGCGCCAUGGUCUUCUGCAUCUGCUGGGCGAUGCAAACCAUCCUCAUCGCCUUCCUGAUCUGCCGCCCGCUCAGCUAUAACUGGGACCAGGUCAACAAGUCAGGCACAUGCGGCAACACGACCGUCGCGUACGUGAGCAUUGGCGUGGUCGACGUAAUCAGCGACAUCAUCAUCUUCGUGCUGCCCAUGCCGCUCAUCAACGGCCUCAAGAUGCGGCGGAGCUCCAGGCUGGCGACUAUGGCCAUCUUCACGCUGGGGCUGUUUACGGUGGCCGCGGGCGUGGUGCGCACGGCUAUGGUCUUGCACACGCGCUUCAGCCCGAAUGACCUCGAGGGCCCGACGCAGAACCUGAUCUGGGCUAGUGUGGAGCCGUCUGUCGCUAUCAUUGUCGCGUGUCUCCUCGUUAUUCGGCCUUUGCUCGUCUUCGCGCGGGCGAAGUGCUCGAGCUUGAUCUCGCGAUUGCCGUAUGGAAGCGGGAGCGCUUGGUCUACGAGGAAGUCGGCUAAGGAUAGCUAUAUCCUGACCGAUGGGACGACGAAGUCUAAGCGGGGUUUCACAGCGCAGAAGAACGAGAGCGAGCGCGAGCUGAAGACGGUGCCGGGCAAGAUUUGGCAGACGACCGAGGUACACAUUGAUGGGGGCUGGUCAAGGACGCCGUCGGGGGAAGUGCCGCACAGGACUGACGUGGUAACGGCGGUUUAA